UCUCCUUCCCAAUUCCCAAAUUCAAGUUCAAGCCCACUUCGAGUUUAUUCUGAUAUGAAGCUUUCUCUUCAAGUCGCCCUCCUUGCUCUUGCUGCUGUUGGAGCUAACGCAGCAAGCAGGAAGAAGCGAGACGUUGCUGAAAGCGCCAUAGCCGAAACCACCACCGCAACCACUGGACCUUUAACUUUGACUGCUACCAGAGUAUUCAAUACUCUUAUUCCAGAGGCUCCGUAUAUGACUGCGGUUACUACUGAGGUGGUUUGGACACAAUACCCUGCGUCUUCCUCAGCCUGAUCUCGCUUGUAGCUAGAACGCGACGAACCUCGCCGAACGAAUGUCGCGGGAAAUCUGUUUGAACUUUACAACAUUCGUUACAUUCACUCGUGCUAUCCAGUAUCCGUUACAUUGUACUUGGACUCUAAUUAUCAAAGGUGCUAUAUAAGACUUUCUUUCCAGUGGUUUUUUUCGGUUCUUUAACACUUAGUACGUCAUCGCUCAAGACGCUCGAUAAGGCUUGAUAUCAACAGCUUUGACCAUUGGAAAAAGACAAAAGUUGGCUAAUAGAUAUUUAGCUACGAUCGGCGGAAUGGUGGAUUACUUGGAUGGUUACGAGUUUAGCUGAAGGCGUCAGCCUCAUCAGUUUGUCCAAACAAGACUGUGAAUCAUGUCUCGU